AGAGAGAGAGAGAGAGAGAGAGACUGGUAGUUUACAACAUCGUUUCUGUGGCAUCAAGACGUAUCAGGAGUUUUGAUUCAACUGCGGGAUACUGUUGCUGACGAUAAGCGGUUUACAUAAGUGCUUAUUCUGGAACAAUCCAUAAGGAAAGUGAGAGAGAGAAAAAAAGAGAUGUUCAGAAACGAACUUGUGAAGUGCGUCUACCUGCUACUCUGGAUUUCGGGAAGCAACAAGAAUCUCCCUGAAGCAUGCAUGAAAGGGCCAUUUAGACGAACUAUCACGAUAGAGGAACACGUUGUCCUGCCUUGCAGAAAGACGACUCCGCUACCUCCAGGGAAAGGUGAGAAUACCACUUGGACUGACAAGACGACUUAUAGUACCGUUAACCCUAGAUUCAUAGACCUAUUCGUCACUCCAAAAGCUACUAAGGUGGAACCUCCCAGACCUGGACAGCUAGAUUGCAACAAAAACAUCACACUCGAAAACCUAUCUACAGUUUACUGGCAGACGCCAAACUACCCGCAGAUAUAUCCAGAGGGCAUAACUUGCAAACUUCGCAUCCAGUUCCCAAAUCACCAACAACCAAGAGGCAUCGCUAUUCUCUCGAUGGAAGUCCCAAGUAUGAUAUUCACGACGGACAACGAACUCUGUCCUGGAGAUCGUCUGACAAUCGAGAGGCUCCCAGAUGGACAUAUUGAGGCACUCUGCGGAAACUUAAGUGGUAGAACAAUCCUUGUCGACGUCAGCUUACUGAGGACUCUCACAUUCUCCACUACUCCUCAUGACGGAGGUGCUAGCAUAGGAUUCAGAGUGGGAAUCAAAGGUUUCUUGCUGGGCUAAAUAUGAGACGUCAGCUAAAACAUCACAAGACACUUGCGUUCCUCUACAUUGCAACUUGCGCGCGCAUAUCUAGACCUACUUGCAUUCAUGAGCAUGGACGUUACGUACCUACAUCAACUACAUGGAAAAUUCUUUCGCUUUUAUUAAUUUUGUUAAAAUAAGAUUUAUUCUGAUAAAGAAUCUGUGGUAAUUAUCGUUCCUGUUUUUUUUUUCAUUUGUUGAGACUAAAAAUGCGCCAAACGUGUAUCCAUAAUACUGGGAAAUAAAACUUUAAAUAAAAGUUGAAAGUUAGUAUCCUGAAUAUGGCUUUGGCUCUCUUAAAUAAAGUGAAGGAAUAUA